AUGUCCCCUCCUAGAAAUGUUGGUAUCAAGGCUAUGGAAGUCUACAUUCCAGGCCAGGCUGUUAACCAAGCUGCCUUAGAAGAAUUUGACGGUGUUGCCGCCGGCAAGUACACCAUUGGUUUGGGUCAAACGAACAUGGCGUUCGUCAAUGACCGUGAAGACAUCUACUCCAUGUCCUUGACGGUGUUGAAGAACUUGUUGACCAGGUACGACAUCAAGCCAGAGCAAAUCGGCCGUUUGGAAGUCGGUACCGAAACCUUGUUGGACAAGUCCAAGUCUGUAAAGUCUGUUUUAAUGCAAUUGUUCGGUGACAAUGCCGAUGUUGAGGGUGUUGACACCAUCAACGCCUGCUACGGUGGUACCAACGCUGUGUUCAACUCUGUCAACUGGGUUGAGUCCUCCUCUUGGGAUGGUAGAUACGCCGUUGUCGUCUGUGGUGACAUUGCGAUCUACUCCCAGGGUGCUGCCAGACCUACUGGUGGUGCCGGUACCGUUGCCAUGUUGAUCGGCCCGGACGCCCCAAUUGUCUUUGAGGCCCCCCACGGUUCUUACAUGGAACACGCGUACGAUUUUUACAAGCCCGACUUCACCUCCGAGUACCCAGUCGUUGACGGUCACUUCUCGUUGGCCUGUUACGUCAAGGCCGUUGACCAGUGCUACCAGGCGUACUCCAAGAAGGCCAUUGCCAGAGGCUUGGUUGCCGAACCGGUCGAUGCCAAGGCCUGUGGUAUCCAGUCCCACUUUGACUACAACGUCUUCCACGUGCCAACCUGCAAGUUGGUCACCAAGUCCUACGCCAGAUUAUUCUACAACGAUUUCAGAGCCAACCCAAGCUUGUUCCCAGAAGUCGAUGCCGCUUUGGCUCAUGUUGACUACGAAGCCUCCUUGGUUGAUAGAAACAUCGAAAAGGUCUUCAUGGGUAUUGCCAAGGAGUUGACCAAGCAGAGAGUUUCCCCAUCCUUAACCGUCCCAACCAACACCGGUAACAUGUACACCGGUUCUGCCUACGCCGCCUUGGCCUCCUUGUUGUUCUACGUUGGCUCCGAUUCUUUGCAGAACAAACGUAUUGGUAUUUUCUCCUACGGUUCCGGCUUGGCCUCCUCCUUGUACGGUGUCAAGGUUGUCGGUGACAUUUCCCACAUCACCAAGGUCUUGGAUUUGCAGAACAAGUUGGACUCCAGAGCCAUCGAAAAGCCAGAGACCUACGUCCAGGCUAUCGAGUUGAGAGAAGCGGCCCAUUUGCAAAAGUCCUUCAAGCCAACCGGUUCCACCGACCACUUGGCCGUCGGCACUUACUACUUGACCGAGGUCGACGAUAAGUUUAGAAGAUUUUACGCCGUCAAGGAGUAA